UAUUAAUUACCACCACUUAAGCUAGAAACUAUGUCAUCUUCUUCUGCAUUAAUCUUGUUUAUCUCAUUGCUAAUUUUCUCACAAGGGAAUGCACUUAGUUCAAAUUACUACGAGAACACGUGCCCUGAAGUUGAAGAUAUUGUUACACAAGUUGUUACUGAAGCAACAAAAAAGGACAAAACUGUCCCUGCUGCUCUUCUACGAAUGCACUUCCAUGACUGUUUCAUAAGGGGUUGUGAUGCUUCGGUGUUACUAAACUCAAAGAAAAACACUGCAGAAAAAGAUGGUCCUCCUAAUGUUUCUUUGCAUGCAUUCUUUGUUAUUGAUAAUGCAAAGAAAGCCAUUGAAGCGCGUUGCCCUGGCAUAGUCUCGUGUGCUGAUAUCUUAGCCUUUGCUGCUAGAGAUUCAGUUGUCGUUUCUGGUGGACCUUCAUGGGACGUGCCUAAAGGAAGAAAAGAUGGAAGAACAUCGAAAGCUAGUGAAACUAUACUAUUGCCAGCUCCAACUUUCAACAUAAAUCGACUCCAACAAAGCUUCUCUCAAAGAGGAUUAUCACUUGAAGACCUUGUCGCUCUCUCAGGUGGACACACCUUAGGAUUCUCUCAUUGUUCAUCAUUCAAUAACAGGAUACACAAUUUCAAUACCACACAUGAUGUUGACCCAACAUUGCAUCCAACUCUAGCAGCAACUUUAAAGAGCAUUUGUCCACUGAAAAACAGGGCUAAAAAUGCUGGAAGUCCCAUGGAUCCUUCCUCAACGACGUUUGAUAAUACAUAUUACAAGUUAAUUCUGCAGAAUAAGAGUCUAUUCUCUUCAGACCAAGCUUUGCUCAGUAAUCCCAAGACCAAAAGUCUGGUUACUGAUUUUGCUAGCUCAAAAGACGCCUUCUUUAAGGCUUUUGCUAAUUCCAUGAUCAAAAUGAGCAGCAUAAAUGGAGGUCAAGAGGUCAGAAGGGAUUGUAGGGUGGCUAAUUAAUUAUUAAUCCUUCAAAAUUAAUGAUAAUAUAUCCAGAAAAAUGGAAGCAGUGUGGAGAUUUGUGUUUUA